GCGUGAACGCUCAGUGUUCCUGUGUAAAACCUCCCAAUAAGUCCUUCAGCCCUCCUCCAUCUGUGGACUUUGGUAAUGCUGACAAAGGGCAGAGUAAUGGUGCAGCAAAUCUCAAGGAAGCACAGAUUUAUUUAAAAACAUCAUCAUCAUCAUCAUCAUCAUCAUCUGGGGAUUAAGCUGAUGUAUACACAGUGAUUGGGACAGUACUGUAUGUCAAAGGAUCGCACUCCACUUCAUCUCCACCAUCUCCCAGUGCCUUGUUUUGGAACAAACUGAAGACAUGGAUUAUUCAGGAGAAAAAAUGGAAGAACUUCACAGCACUCCAACUGAAAAAUGGACAGAGGACAUGGUGAGCGUGUGGUUGGCUUCAAUAGGAGUGAAAGAAAAUUACAUUAAAACUCUUCAUGAACAGGAAGUAGACGGCCAAGUCCUUCUUAAAAUCACAGAGGAAUUUCUGAAACAGGAGACUGGAAUGAAAUCUGGUCCUGCACAUCUGAUAAUAGAGAGUAGAAAUGAGUGGCUUAAGAAAGUUCAGAAGCAGCAGAAUCCCCGGGAAGAAGAUCAGAUGAAACAAGAUGCUGAGACUAUAAGAAAAAGAGAUUCAAAGCCACGACCUUUUGGUAAACCGGGCAUCGACCACACAUAUGUAAAGCAUGACGUUCUUCAGCCUGAAACAGGGGUCAUUGACCUUAUAACUCCAUGUCAUGAGUACAAGUCAUUCUGUACAGCUGCGACUUUAGAUCACCAAAGACUUCAAGCCAAGCUGGCAAACGAAGUCCUUAAAUUUGCCUCAGGCUGCAUGAACAUGAGAUCAAAUGGCACGAUACACUUUGGUGUAAUGGACAGCAGAGAUGGUUCUGGACAUGUACACGGUGAAAUCAUUGGCAUUCCCAUUAGAGAAAAAGACAUGUACACUGAUGCACUGGAUCACAUUGAAAAGUGUUUUAAAAGUGACAGUGAGCUCGUACGGCAGUGUAUAAGACCACCCGAGUUCAUUCUGGUAAUUGAACCCAACAGGAAAGAAGAACACUACGUGGUUGAAUUUGAUGUCGAACCUUCAGUAAACAUAGUGAGAAAUAAGGUGUUCUCCAGCUCCUUGCCAAAAUUCAGUGAGGAGUCAAAUAAAACUGCACGGGAAAAGCCAACAAUAUAUCACAGAGUUGGUGCCAAUACAAAACCAGUUGAUGAUAUAAAUAGAUUUUACCAAGACGUUCGCAGCAGAGAUAUACAAAGAGAGACAGCAGAGAAAUCACAUGGCAUCACAGCUCCAAAACCCUGCAAAGAUCUUGAAAAAAAACUCAUAAUGUUUAUAACAAAUGGGAAGAAACAAAUAGAAAAGGAGAAAUGGUACAUACUUGUUACAAACAGGUUUUCAGAGGAAGAUCUUCAGCACAUAGAUUUUUUGUUGAAGAUGAAGUUGUUCUGUGUGUUUGACUUUGACCCAGAUUCCAUGGUGUCGGGAUUAUGCCAUGAAUUUGAUAAGCACCAUAAAGUGAACCUUCAUUUCAUGAAAAACUACAAAAUUCCCAGUGGCAAGAGCAUCAGAGAAUUUGAGAGUCAUCUGCAUUUGUUUGAACAAACAAGUUGGAUAUUUUGUAACGGACGAAAUGAUUUCAGUGGGAACGAGACUCCAUGUGAUGAAAAUACAUGGUGUAGAACAAGGAGGACUUACCUAAAGGAUUGUGUAUCAUUGAUCUGCAAGGAUAUCCUGCCCAAGGGAACCUUUAUGGUGAUCUUCCUCCUCACAUCGCCUGUUGAGACACCUCUACUGAAGACAUUCGAUGAGUUUUUCACCGACAUGCAAGGUCACGGAGACAUUAUAUGCAUCUCGGAAUCAGAAGGGAACUUUCAGAAAUGGCAAGCAUCUGCUCUCGAAUUCUGUGAUGAGGAAACAGUGGACAAUUCCAGUGUAGUAGGUUUGAAAAUGAGCCACAUCAACGCAACUCUUCAGCAAAUCCAGGGCCCCAGUACUAAUAAGAACAAACUCUUACCCGUGUCCAAUAAAGCAAAAUGCCAUCUUCUGACACGUGAUGAGGAAACAAUGUGCUCCUUGGAGAUUUUAGCUGUGAAUCAGUGUGAAGACAGGGAAGAGGAAAUUAAGGCAAAGAAAGAAGAAAUAGAGAGUGACUUUUAUCGAGGAGGAAAAGUGACAUGGGAGAACUUCUGGCUCGCAGAAGUUAGGGAAGUUGGAGAAGUGAUUCAAAGAGAUGCCUAUCAUGAGGUGAUUAAUCUUCUGGAGGAAUCUCGUAAAUGGAGUUCAGAUCAGAUGCCUGUCAAAUGCAUCAACAUAUACCAUUACGCUGGCAGUGGAGGGAGUACAGUGGCAAGGCAGGUUCUCUGGAAGUAUAGAAAGGAACUCAGGUGUGCAGUUGUGAAAACAUCAAAAGUUAGCACAGUUUCAGAACAUGUUGUGAUGCUUCGGGAGUAUGAGGAAAAAGAUCCCCAGGAAUGUCUCCCUGUUCUCUUACUUGUUGAUGAUUGUGAGAGGGAGUAUUUAGAAGAGCUGAAGCAUGAAUUAGAAACAGCUGUGAACACAAAGAAACUUGCACAUGGAAUACCGUGCUUCAUUCUGCUCGGUUGUAGACGAUCCCACAAACCCGAGAAAAUGUCCAGGGAGUCACCUUUACUGAGCGUCUCUGUGACUCACAAACUGUCACCAGAGGAGAAGAGACAAUUUGCAGGAAAACAAGAAAAGCUCGAGCAACAGUUCCCCCCAGAGUUCAUUCUGACUUUUGUCUUAAUGAGUCAAGAAUUUAAACAUGAAUAUGUGAAAAAGUUUGUAGAGAAUUUAUCACUGGACACAGAUGACACGUCUGCCGUCACCCAGAUGAUGCGAUACGUAGCUCUGCUCAACACCUAUGUGGAGAAGUCUUUCAUUUCUCAGUCACACUGUGAAGCCCUCCUUCAUCUCCAGCUCUCUAUCUGUGGGGAAAGAUUUCGACAGCAUGCAUUUGAGAGUUCUCUGAGUGAUCAGGCUAAACUGGUCUUUAUACAUUUGAGAGAUGAAAGAACCCACAUUAACUCCAUCAGAAUCAUCCACCACGUGGUGGCAAAGGAAAUUCUUCAUCAGCUUUUGAGAGACAAACAACAAAGUGAGCUUGCGCUUGAACUUCUCAACAAUGAUGUGCUCUUUAAUCACAGAUUUGGGGGAGAAGAUUACAGGAAGUUCCUUCGUGAACUGUUCAUAAGACGCUACAAAAUCAGCAGAGGUGAUAAAUCAGACACUAAAUUCUCACCCCUCAUUGAACACGUGAGACGAAACGAAAAGCCAGAAAGUGCUAUUCAUCUUCUCAGCGAGGCUUACAAAAGAUUCAACAAGGAUGCAUUUCUUGCUCAGCACCUAGCUCGUCUCUUUUACUGGUAUGAAAAAUUCGAGGAGGCAGAACGUUGGGCAGAAACUGCAGCAACUAAAAUGCCUAAUAACUCCUACAUUCUUGACACCAAAGGUCAGGUGUACAGAAGAUGGUUCACAGCAAAAAACUACGCAAUGGAAAAGUCUCCGAAAACACCAGAGUCCACAGCAGAUGCCAUUGAAACAGCUCUUAAAGCCAUUGAAUGUUUCCAAAAAUGUCAGAUGGUAGCUGUUGAAGAAAGUGAGACAAUGAACAACUCAGGAUUCUUUGGAGUUGUAGAAGUGGGAUGUAGCUUGUUGGAGCUAAUGUCUUCCCUUGAUGGGUUCUCGAGUAAAGAGGGUCAUUCUGAAUUACAGAAGUACUUGAUUACAGAACACAUUCCCAAAGAAAUUGAAGCACCAUGGGAACAGUUUCACGACAAACUCAAAGACCUUCAGCCCACAAUGCACAAGGCUCUGGAGUGGAUAUCAGAAGAGCUGAAUUACUUCCAACACCUAGACAUAGAUGAUGAAGAAACCUCCAAGACCUCAGAGCUGACAAUACAUCGCCCCAAACACUGGUUGGUUGUCAAUUCCUCUGUUUAUGGCAAGUUCUUCUGUGAGGUCUCACUGAGAAAUACACCAGGUGACUGGCAGUCUAGUUUACAUGACAUGACUGACUUCUGCAAACGCAUGGCCAUUUACAAGCUUGGUGGAGGAAACUUCACGACAAUCUUCUCCAUCCUGGACCAGAAAAAGAAAGACCAAAUCAAAACUUUAGAGAACAUCAUUUCACUGUAUCCAAAGGGUGCUAAAAUGGAUCAAGGAGAGCUUAUCAACUACAUAGCAUCACAUUUAGCCUUAAGUGCAGUCUCUCCUGGGUCACGUAAGCUGGCUGCCUUCAAGGAUCUGCAAAGGUACAGCCGCUCGUUUCUUCAAGACAAAUCAAAAUGCCAACCCAACGCUCUGUUUCUGUGCACCCUAGUGUUCUGGCCAGAAGACCGCGACACUGAUCAAGAAAAAGAGGACAAAUAUAAAACCGUUCUUACUGCUGUCGGAUCCCUUCAACAAACGUACUGGACCAAAAUGAAGGAUAUCCCUCCGAGAAAGAGACGCAUUUUCACCCACUUCUACCUGGGAAAAGGAUCUGGCUAUGAGAAGUUUGUCCAUAAGAACAAAAUUGAAACGAUCAGGAAAUUUUCCUCAGUUUCAGAAAAGCGUCAGAAAUGGCUUGAAGGGGAAAUGUGGAAAACACCAGAAAUUGUGAGAGAGCUUAAGCGUGUAAACGGCUGGACAGAGGAUAGACGUGUUUACCUUGUGGGUCCUAAAAAGGAAAAGUUUUCCAUUCACCCCCUUAAUGAAAGUUCCGUGCCUGCUGGAAAUGAAAACGUCACCUUCUGUCUGGGCUUCACAUUCAGGGGACCUGUAGCGUGUCACAUCACAAUAAGAAAAUAGUCAAAAGUUAAAUUACUAAGAUAUAGAGACGUGACAGCAAACCUUCACACGCAUUUAUACACCGUAAAGUGUAAAAAACUGUAACAGAGGAUCUGUUCUCUUAACACGUUAUCCUGUUCUCUUAACUCCUGCUAUUAUGUAUUUAAUGUUAAACUCAUAGGAAAGUUAGUUAAGAAGUAAAGAGUAAGAGAUGUAAAUAUCUGGACCCACUGAUGAGUGAUGGGAGUGUAAGGGGUUAAAUAUAAAGAAGAUGACAGAUAGGGAGCUGAGAUCAGGAAGAUUUUUCUAUUUUUUAUCGUAUUAUUCUUAUAUAUUGUUCGAUUAUAUAUUAAUGUAUGAAUUAAAUUGUUCUUGCUGAUCCGUGUCACUCAGUAAAAUUGACGAAGACA